GUCUGCAGUCCAGGUGUCGUCGAGAAAAUCCGAGAGAGACGUCGUGUCAAGGUAUGUUUACAUCUGAGACACAUUAAGAAAUGGCUUUGACACAAGAGGCGAUUUUAAACACCUUGUUAGAAAGCGGAGGAAAGCUGAAAAACGCUGAGCUCCUGAGCAAUUUUAAAGAGUCACUGAACUGCAGUGAUCCAGCAGAAAAGAAGCAGAAUCGAGAUCUCUUCAAGGCGUUUGUCAACAACAUCGCUGUCGUGAAAGAAAUCGAGAACGCCAAGUACAUCGUUCUCAAGAAAGUCUACAGUCAUUUACUAAAAGCUAGAGAUUAUGAAAACUCACCUAGAGAAGAUUACGUUGAAGGUGAACUGCGUCCUGAAGAAGAAGAAACCACUCAAAAUGCUGAAUUAGCAUUGAGCAGAUCUUCACCAAAGGCUUCAGACACCACCACACCGCGUUCUCCCAUUGAAAAUGCUUUGGAAAGAUCAAGGAGUGUGGACUUUAAACCUAAGCAGUUCACCGUACCGCUGAAGUCUGACCCUGAGGCACCUAAGCAAAACAAACCCUUUGCUCUUCCUUUACGAAUGCCUCAAAUAGAGAUCUCCCAUAACAAGAAGCCAUCACCGGAGCGUUUAGCAGUUCCUGACUCCAUACAAGAGCUUCAAUCUUCACCUCAAUUCAUAAGGAAGCCAAAUACGGGCUUCAUAUCCAGCUCUCCACAGGUAAGAAGACACUUUAAGACUCUUAAACCAGCCAGUGAGUUAAAGGAUCUUCAUCAUGGUCUACUUGACUCUAUUGACCAUGAGUGGCUAGUGAAAACUGCUUCUGGACAUUGGAGCCAAGUGUACGGUCUCCUCUUGAAAGAUGCUCAGUUGGCGGAGAGGAAAGACUUCAUGUCUGGAUUCACGGCUCUCCAUUGGGCUGUCAAAUGUGGAAACGCUGACAUGGUCUGCAGGAUUAUUGAGCUCUCCAGGAAAGGCGGUCAUGGUGUGGAUGUCAAUGAGAAGUCUAAUGGUGGCUACACACCGCUGCACAUCGCCGCCAUACACAAUCAUCUCUCAAUUAUUGACCUUCUACUCCAUAAAUAUGGUGCCAAUAGGAACCUAAGAGACAACUAUGGGAAAAAACCCUAUCAUUAUCUGCAAAAAGGGGUUUCGGGACAGCUGAGGGAGCUUCUCGGAGACCCCAAAGCUAAUAUCAAGGAGCCGCCACUUCAGGCCAGGGAUGACUCCGACCCACAUAAAUACCUAAAAGGUCGUCUUUUUCCUGCAAAUCCAGUGCUGGGGAUGAAGAAAAAGACCAAAGGGAGGUUUAUUUCUAUGGGUGAGGAUGGCAGAGGUGAGAGGGACGAGCCAGUGCCACAUAGACAUAGAUUGACAUCAAAUGUAUUUCCUUAAAUUAGCAUACAUUGUAAAAUAAGAUAGUUAAAUUAAUAAUUUUCCAUAUUUAAGUAGAGAAUUUGUGAAUGUUAUUAUGGUGAAGGUCUUGAUCAUUAAUUUUAAUGAUACAAUGUGACGUUCUGUGUCCUGAUUGGCUUGAUUAGGAUGAUUAUGGAGAUUAAUAUUCAUAAGCCGAUAGUAACUGCAUGAGUGUGUUCAAUAUGGCUUUUUCCAAAAUAUAUGAAAUAUUAAUAUAUUGAAUAUGUUAAUGAUAAAUUAUAUUAGUAAAAAGUUCCAAAUGUUACUAAGGUAAACGUCUUGAUUAUAAUUUUAAUGACGCAGCUUAAAAUUCUAUGCUGAUUGGCAGGAAGAUUGAACGUUUUCCUCAUUAAAGGCUUGAUCAUGAAUAUUAAUUAGGUGAUCUGACUGGAUGAUUAUCGAGCGUUAAUAUUCAUAAGCCGAUAGUAAAUGCACAAAUGCAUUCAAUAUAAAUAUAGAAACUGCCACUGGGCUUCAGAAAUGUCUUUUAUUAACUCAUGGCAAGCUUUUAAAUUAAGAAAUAUAAACUAAAUAUUAUUGAGUUGAUUUAAUUUACGCUAUAAAUUAUCAGUAAAUGAUCAAUUUUCUAUAAUUAGUGGAGAAUCUGCAAAUGUUACUAUGGUGAAGACCUUUAUUAUUUAUUUUAAUGGUGCAACAUCACAUUCUGUGGUGAUUAACUGGAAGACAUGAUUUUCCUCAUUGAUGGGUUGAUCAUUAAUAUUGAUUAGGUGACCUGAUUGGAUAAUUAUGGAGGAUCAGCGUUAUUAUUCAUAAGCCAAUAGUAAUUGCACGAAAAUGGCUUCUUCCCAUUGGGCUUCAGGAAUGUCUUUUCUCAACAAGAUUUUAAAUAGAAA